AUGAGUUUUUACCCACAUCCACAUGUGAACACUGGUCCCCCAACAAUAAUCCGUUCAGAUUCAAACCAUGGUAUUAUUAAUAUGAACCAACACCAUCCACAAGAAGAUUCAAAGGAUAGCCUCAUAGUACAACACCAAGUACAACACCAACAGGAGCUGCUGGAUCAGCACCAACAACAUGAAGAAUUACAUGAAGAUGAGGUUGAUAAUUUAAGUUUUAAAGGUAUGGAAGAUGAAGGAGUUGAAAUGGAUAUGGAUGGCAGACAAUGUUCUCAGGGUAUGGGAGUUGAUAUGGGUUCAGUUCAAACUAAAAUGGAAGUGUCAAAUGGUGGUCAAGUACCAAGGUCAAAACCUCAGGCCUGUAAGGUCUGUGGAAAGGUCCUUUCAUCUGCUUCAUCAUAUUAUGUGCAUAUGAAGUUACACUCAGGAAACAAACCCUUUCAAUGCACGGUUUGCGACGCAGCGUUCUGUCGCAAGCCGUACCUAGAAGUGCACAUGCGCACGCACACCGGCGAGCGCCCCUUCCAAUGCGACCUCUGCCUCAAACGUUUCACGCAAAAGUCCAGUCUCAACACGCACAAACGCGUCCACACUGAUGAGCACAUGCGGGCUCUGAUGGUGAAGGAGCGCCCCUACAAGUGUGAGCUCUGUCAGAUGCGCUUCACGCAGAGCUCCAGCCUCAACAGACACAAGAAAAUACAUACGGAGGAGCACAGACGAGCCCUGUUAGAGAAAGUGCGGCCGUACCAGUGCCACAUCUGUUUUAUGCGCUUCACUCAGAAGUCCAGCCUGGGCCGACAUGGAAAGAUACACACCGAGGAGCACAUCCAAUCGCUGAUCAACAAAGUGCGCCCCUAUCAAUGCGACAUCUGUGACAAGCGGUUCACGCAGAAGUCCAGCCUUGGCACUCAUAAACGUAUACACACCGGCGAGCGGCCCUUCCAGUGCACCGUCUGCCUCAAGUCCUUCACGCAGAAGUGCGCGCUCAAUUUACACGAAAAGAUACAUACGGCGGUAAUGCAAUCGCCGCAAAGACGCAAUAUGGCGCUUAUGCGUAUAAUAACACCGUGUAUCAAAAUUAUGGGUAUCGAUGCCGCCGGGCUCGGGGAGGUCGGGGUGGGAUUGGCUGCGGGCGGGUGUUGUGGCGUCGGCGACGUGCGUUACUCGCUUUUGUGUGUGCACUGGGCGCAGUGCAAGGGCGACCUUACACGUGCGGGCGAUGCCCCGCGGCGUCGCCCGCCGCCCUGCCCGGACACUCACGUGCGCACGCAUACAGGCGAGCGGCCCUAUCAGUGCGACGCGUGUCUCAAACGCUUCACGCAGAAGUCCAGCCUGAAUAUACAUAAACGGACGCACACAGGUGGG